ACAAGCCCCUCUUGUGAUUAAGAAAACAGAGCCUUUUACCAAACCAAACGGUAUCACUAUGACUCCCCUCGCUCUUAUUCUCUACUCUCUCGCCACCGCCUGCUUUCUCUACUGCUUGCUCGGCCUGCGGGGCCGCCACAGCCGGCCGCUCCCCCCGGGGCCAAAGCCGUGGCCGGUGAUCGGCAACCUGCCGCACCUGGGCACCAAGCCGCACCAGACGAUCGCCGCCAUGGCGCGGGUGUACGGGCCGCUCAUGCACCUGCGGCUGGGCAUGGUGCACGUGGUGGUAGCGGCGUCGGCGUCGGUGGCCGCGCAGUUCCUGAAGACCCAUGACGCUAACUUCUCCAGCCGCCCGCCCAACUCCGGCGCCAAGCAUAUUGCCUACAACUAUCAGGACCUGGUAUUCGCGCCCUACGGCCCGCGGUGGCGCAUGCUCCGGAAAAUCUGCUCCGUCCACCUCUUCUCUGCCAAGGCCUUGGACGACUUCCGCCAUGUCCGACAGGAGGAGGUUGGUGUGCUGACGCGCGGGCUGGCGAGUGCGGAUCAAGCGCGGCCGGUGAACCUAGGGCAAACACUGACAGUCUGCGCCACCAACGCGCUAGGCCGGGUCAUGCUGGGCCGGAGAGUGUUCCGCGACGACGACAGCGGCGGAGGCGUCGACGACUUCAAGCAGAUGGUGGUGGAGCUGAUGGUGCUCGCCGGAGUCUUCAACCUUGGCGACUUCGUGCCGGCGCUCGAGUGGCUCGACCUCCAGGGCGUUGCCGCCAAGAUGAAGAAGCUCCACCGCCGCUUCGACGUCUUCCUCACCGGCAUUCUCGAGGAGCACAAGCGCCACCCCGGCGGCGGUCAGAAGCAUACGGACUUGUUGAGCACUCUGAUUUCGCUCAAGGAUGUUGACACCGACGGUGAGGGAGGGGGGAAGCUCACUGACACCGAAAUCAAAGCAUUGCUCUUGGACUUGUUCACGGCAGGAACGGACACAUCUGCAAGCACCAUAGAGUGGGCCAUGGCGGAGCUCAUUAGGCACCCAAAGAUUCUGGCCCGGGCCCAAAUAGAGCUGGACUCAGUGGUGGGCCCAAACAGGAUGGUUACCGAGCCAGACCUAGCCAAACUAACCUUCCUCCAGGCCAUCAUCAAGGAAACCUUCCGGCUCCACCCGUCAACUCCACUCUCCCUCCCUCGAAUGGCGGCCGAGAGCUGCGAGAUCAACGGCUACUUCAUCCCAAAAGGAUCAACUCUUCUGGUGAACGUGUGGGCCAUCGCCCGUGACCCGGAGGCAUGGGCCAAUCCGCUGGAGUUCCGGCCAGAACGCUUCUUGCCCGGCGGGGAAAGGCCCAAUGCCGAUGUCAGGGGAAAUGACUUCGAAGUCAUACCUUUCGGGGCAGGGCGCCGGAUCUGCGCGGGGAUGAGCCUUGGGCUUCGGAUGGUUCAGCUCGUGACAGCGACUUUGAUACACGCAUUCGACUGGGCAUUGCCCGAGGGCCAAGAGCCUGAAAAGCUAAACAUGGACGAGGCCUAUGGGCUGACCUUACAACGGGCCGUGCCACUUAUGGUGCACCCGCGACCCAGGCUCGCAGGCCAUGCGUACGGAGCAUGAACUUAAAUAAGGAAUCUACUUUUUGCUUUAUCCACACUUUACCGCAAUAUAAAUAGAGUUGGUGGAACACUUUGUGGGGUCAAUAAAAGUCUAUUAAUUAUGCAAUUGAGUGCU